AUGGAUAGAAAAAGACAGCGAAAAUUCCAAGGAAUGCAGUGGAUUUUUCUUAAAUCUGAAAAACUCCAACCAAAAAACAAUAUGAGUAUGAUAGACAGCAUACUUUCCCAGCUGGAAGAAAACUUUGACGAUGAUUUUGAAGAAAUCACUAAUUUUUCAUCAUCAAAUUUUCAAGCUAAAGAUACUUCAAGAGCAAAGAUAAACGAGACCUCAAUACGAGAUAAAUACACUUUAGCUCAUAUUGAUGAUGUUCCUUCAAAAUUAUAUAAAAACCCUCACAUAGAGCUUGAAGAAAUUGAAAAUUCAUCAAAUUUUGAACAAAAGCCUUUCCACAAUUUAAGCUUCACUAGCAAACCAAAAAUCAAGAAGAAAUAUCUCCAUUCAUCUAGUCAUGAAAGACCUAAAACAAUGGAGAUAAGAAAGGUUAUAAUUCCUCCUAAACAGAUUCCACGAAUUCCUCAGGUUGGGCAGGAUACUCCUUUUAACAGACGAAAAAGUUACGGAAAAUGGUUUUUGCGCCCUCAAGAAUGAAAUAAUUCUUUACAUUACUUUUUAGAGCAUUCUACGAAAAAAAAUAAUUCCUUUAGAAUGAAAUCUCAGGAGAUUUAUAAAAUGUCUGUAUAG